UGACCGAAGGCGGCACCUCAGCCUCCAGAGCGAAAGGAGCGUUGAGGUCUGUCGGGAGACGGGCCGCCUUUCUGAGGCGUUUGAGGAGAAACGGGGCAGCGCCGUACUCUUUGAGGGCGCCGAGCAGCUGUUUCCUGUCAGCGCUGCACUCCCCGCCUCGCCGCCCUCUGGGUCCCGCUCUCACCCCGCGCUGCGGGGCCGCACCGCCGCAAGGUCCCGCCUGGCUCUGCCCGCCGUCUGCCCGCGUCUGCCGGCCCUGUGCUCGCUCUUCCACCGUGCCGUUUCCAGAGAGUAUAAUUCUUGCCCUUUCACUUCAAAGCAUUUAAACGAGCAUUAAAUAUACACAAAAACGCGAUGCCGUGCUCGCAUACAGACACAGUGUGAUUUUGAAGAAAAGUUAAUUUGAGGCUCUGAGGAAGGCUCUGAGGCUCUGAGGAAGCGGCUACUGCUGGCUGCUGUUUGGAUAAGGGUAAAGCCAUAAGCUAAACAAAUUGGGCAUGAUAAUAACUGGAGAGGAUCCUCUCUGCCUGGAGCUCCCCCAGCAAUGGUUUUCUCUGCUUGUCAAGUUUCCCUUUCUGAGCACAAGCCACACUGGGCAUCAAAGAAUUGAAAGUGUAGCACACACAGAAUAAAACUCAACUUAAACUACAAUAGAAGCCGUGUAAGUUUUCCUCAAAGUGACAAAGUUUACCUGCGUGGAACGUGGUGUGGGAUUAACUAACAGUGAACAUGAGUUGUGUUCCCGCUCACAGAGCAAGUGUUCUCUUGUGGAGGGAGGGAGGGGAUCUUGGUGUAUUGCUUGUACAAACAGAAUUUUCCAAACACUAACCAGUGGAGGCAGCAAGGAUGGAGCCAUUCCUCUUACCCCAUGGCUUUCCUGCUGUGACAGACAAGCUUCAGGCCCUUACACAGAAUCAUAGAAUUGCUCAGGUUGGAAAAGACCUUAGAGAUCACCAAGUCCAACCACAAUCUAACCAUACUGCCCUAACAACCCUCCGCUAAAUCAUGUCCCUGCUGUAGCUGAUCUCAAUAAGUCAUUAAAUAGUUGACAAGUGAAACAGUUGACCCUUCUUUUUCCGGUAGUCCGGAGGCCUUGCCGAUACCCAGAAUUAAUUCAUUUUGUCAGCCUAGAAAGGAUGAGGUAUGCAGCUGGUAAUUCCCAGGAGAGGCCAUAAGGAAAGCUCAAUGAUUUCAUGGUGAAAUUCACAUUUAGCCAAAUGGAUACCUAGUGUUUAGGUUAAAGGUAUUUAGAGAGGCUGAAAAAUCCAGUAAAAAGUUAGCUGACUUGGCUCUUGUUGGGUUCUGCUCUUGUCACUGCCAUCCCUGCAGGUGACUGGUAUCAGAUGAGUGAAUUGUUCAAAUCGGUAUCUAAAUACUUUGUUCUCAUUAAAAACAGAUGUUUUUUACUAGUUGUUCUUCCUCUACUUCAGCUAUCUGUUUUUCUGUUUCUAAGCCUAACCCAUGCUUUUGCAGAACCCUCUGUUCCUGGCUCUGCUUUGCUGUUUAAGCCUGGGCAAAUCACUUGCACCUUUGUGAGCUGCAUUGUGUGUGGUGAAACAGAGAUCCUUGAGUGUUUGCAAGGUGUCAUCGAUGUCAUUGUUCAGAGUGUGAAAAAAAUGGAUUUGGCCAACCAUGGACUUAUUCUGCUGCAGCAGCUAAAUGCUCAGAGAGAGUUUGGUUUCCUGUGUGACUGCACAGUUGCUAUCGGUGAUGUCUACUUCAAGGCACAUAAAUCGGUUCUUGCUUCUUUCUCCAACUACUUCAAGAUGCUGUUUGUUCACCAAACCAGUGAAUGUGUCCGUUUGAAAGCAACCGACAUACAGCCAGAUAUCUUCAGUUAUCUCUUACAUUUGAUGUACACUGGGAAGAUGGCACCACAGCUCAUUGACCCAGUUCGACUAGAGCAGGGAAUAAAGUUUCUGCAUGCAUAUCCACUAAUUCAGGAGGCCAGCCUUGCAAGUCAAGGAACUUUUUCUCACCCGGAUCAAGUUUUUCCAUUAGCAUCUUCAUUAUAUGGCAUUCAGAUUGCAGAUCACCAGAUCAGACAUCCCGCUAAGGUUACAUCGGCAGCUGACAAACUCGGGCGAGAACCAAGGCCACAGACUUCCCGGAUGACCCAAGAACCAGUUUCAGAAGGCUCACAGCUCUCACAGUUACCUACAACUCUGCCACAAGUGAGCAGGACAAACAUGGCCACUUCGGACCAAUUGCCAUCAUCUUUAUCUCCAGAAUUGGUGUCUGCUGCUGGUAAUAAUUCACCUGCGGGAGAGGAAGCCAACAUGGAAGCAUCUUCUUCAGAUGAACAGCCUGCUUCACUCACGAUAGCACACGUCAAGCCAAGCAUUAUGAAAAGGAAUGGAAGCUUCCCGAAGUACUAUGCCUGCCACCUCUGUGGUCGCCGGUUCAAUUUACGAAGUAGCUUGCGCGAACACUUGCAGAUCCACACGGGAGUUCCCUUCACGUCUAGCCAGCAGGGAGAAAGUAAUGUUUCUUUGUCUCUCUGUAACAACACGGCUGAGAAGGAUGCUAUGGAAGUGCCUGAAGCUGGGAUGAUUAGUGACAGCGAGCUGCAGCAGAUCUCAGACUCUCCAAUAAUCGAUGGGCAGCAGCAAUCGGAGACACCUCCCCCCUCGGAUAUUGCAGACAUAGACAACUUGGAGCAGGCAGAUCAAGAGAGGGAAGUAAAAAGACGGAAAUAUGAAUGUUCCAUCUGCGGUCGUAAAUUUAUUCAGAAAAGCCACUGGAGGGAGCACAUGUACAUACACACUGGCAAACCCUUCAAGUGCAGCACUUGCGACAAAAGCUUUUGUAGGGCUAACCAGGCUGCCAGACACGUGUGCCUAAACCAGAGCAUGGACACGUACACGAUGGUGGACAAACAGACUCUGGAGCUCUGUACUUUUGAGGAAGGCAGUCAAAUGGACAACAUGCUAGUACAGACCAACAAGCCCUACAAAUGUAACUUGUGUGACAAAACAUUUUCGACUCCCAAUGAAGUAGUCAAACAUUCGUGCCAAAAUCAAAACUCUGUCUUCACACUAGAAGAAGAUCGCUCCAUUCUGCUAGGUGGUGGGGACACGGAAGCCACAGAGACUGAUAAUGCAGUGUUAGCCUCCAUCAAAAAGGAGCAGGAAGCAGUGUUGUUAGACUGAAUGUGAAAUCUAUAUCAAUUUUUUAAAGUUUCUUUACUCAUUUUUAUUAAAUCAAUUUUUUCUUCCCUCUGCCUCUUUCCUCACUUACCCCUGCCAUCUCUUCCACCAACCUUCCCACCCUUUGUCUUCAGCAACCAGAACUGUACUGGCACAUUAGGAAAUUGGACUUUGCCUCUCCCACCAAAACAAAAAGCUCUUGCAUCAAACCACAACAUAAUUGAUUUUAAUACAAAGGAACACGUGAAAAAUAAUCCAGCUAACUAUAUUGAUAGUAUUAGUUAAUCCAAAUUUAAUAGAUUUUAAAUGAAAUUUAGAUCACUUGAAAGUGUAUUUAGAUACAAUGAUGACUGUAACGAGAAACAGAGUAUCGGCUUGGUAAGCAAGGAAUAUAUCUAUAUAUCUAUAUUAGUUUCCCUGCUAAAAGAUGUUUUGAGAAGAUCUGGCUAUUUAAACACCAUGCUUUUUAGAACUCCACAUGCAAGUCGAUUAAGAUUAUAACUUUAAAAGCCUCAGAAUUUUUCCUCAUUGAAGUGAAUGCAAAAAGUUGUCAGUUGGGUUAAAAAGAGCUGAGAGUACUGAGUUUCUUUUAGCCUUAUAUUUUCCUUCAAGUAUGCCUUUGGGUAUCUGUUUCAGAUAGCAUGAUUGAUACAAGCAAAGUAGUUACUUAGUCAGAUUUUGACUCAAGUAGCUGUAAUAAUAAUGUGAUGGCAAUCUUUAUAUAUAUAUAUAUAAACUAUUGUAUAUGUAUAAAGAUUUUUAUAUAUAUGGAAAGUGUUUGUGUGUAUAUUUGGUACAGGUAAAUAAAUGCACACAUACUUUUUAAGCAACUGGCCAUCUGCUCUCCAGUUCAGCCUGGAGAGUAUUUUAGUUGUUUGACUAAAGUAGUCAUUGCACAGGUUUUAAAUCAAAUGGGAAAUGUCCUGAGUUGUGUGCAUUUUUAUUGGCCUGUAGAACAGAAGCUGUUGGAUAGGUGUCAUCAUCCAAGAUACAAAGGAAACCAGAGAAGCUACAUCCUGGUGGGCACUGUACCCUCAUCAGUGCAGCACACGCAUGUGUUGUUAGGUAUAGUUUUGAGUCAUUCCCGAUGAGAGGAGAGAGAAAAACGUCAUUGCCUUACUCAGGCAAGGAAAGUCCGUGGUUUCAUUUGGUAUGAUUGCAUGAGGUAAGAAGAAAAAGUGGUUACAGAGAUGUUCUAGCAAUGGGAGAUCAUGGUUGUUUUAAAGCAAACCCGUAGUGUUGACUGGCAAAUUCUGCUCUUUGAGAGUCCCGUUAUUUUCAAAGCCAAGACAAAGUCUGCAAAAACUGAAAGGAUGAAUUAUGUAAUUUUAGUUACUGAUGAUGAUAGCACUGCGUCUUUGUGUUAAAAAUCAAGUUGUUGAUUCUUAUUAUUUUAUAUGAAAUGCCCAGAUGUUUUGCUGGUAGCAUAAAAGAAACAAAACUGACAGCAGCAACGGAGUCCACCUAUUAAAUACUGGGCCAGCAGAAGGUUGAAAUGG